AUGAUAUCAUCAACCCUAUUUAAAUCAAUGGCUGAUAGUGUAUCUGACAAUAAGAAGGGUGACCGUAGAGACAGAGUUCCUACCUUGUCCCAGUCUGCUCGUUCUGGACUUCAAUUUCCUGUAGGUCGUAUUCAUCGUUAUUUGAAAGCAAAAGGACAUAACCAUUCACGCGUUGGAGCUAAAGCCGCAGUAUAUACAGCAGCUAUUCUUGAAUAUCUUACAGCUGAAGUACUUGAAUUAGCAGGAAACGCCACAAAGGAUCUUAAAGUAAAGAGAAUCACACCUAGACAUUUACAAUUGGCCAUUCGUGGAGAUGAAGAACUUGACGCUCUUAUAAAGGCCACUAUUGCAGGUGGUGGUGUCCUUCCUCAUAUUCAUAAAUCUCUUAUUGGAAAUACAAAAACUGGAAAGAAAAUGUAA